GCCACGCCCCCUCCCGUGCCUGCUCUCCGUUUCCCUGGGCUGCUAGGUGAGAGUCUGUCAGUGACAGCAAUGUCUCGGCCGGGAGAUGAGCUUCUCGGGAGUCUUCCUUACAAGACCGAACCCCGGAGAAGCCCCCGUCUCAGCCUGUUCCACCUCAAACUGACAGACUCUGCUCUGCGCUGCCUACGAGACUUCCAGAGGAGACAGGGUUCUGGAGCCUCUUCAUUACAGCCUGUGAUCACAUUCCAAGGCAACCAGGGGUAUAUCAAGAUCCCAUCUCCUAGUCCAGGCUGUGAAGAUAGAAUUCGCAUCUUUGCCUUCUACCUCUCCAGGGAGAGUAAGGAUAAGCCUCAGUCCAGUUUUGAGUGCAUACGGCAAGGCACCACAUGGUCAGGGGAGAAGCAACUCAGCUGCAUUGGCAGUAUACAAGACAAGAUCACCGUGUGUGCCACAGAUGAGUCCUAUCAGCUCACUCGGGAUCGCGUGUCUCAGGUGGAGAAAGAAACUUGGAGCAGGACAGCCAUUGAGAUCAAACCUGAAGCAUCACAUCGAAAUAAAUAUGUGAAGAUCCCGACUAAGAACAACAUGGAAGCCAGUAAGGAGGAAUCACAGUGCAGUCAGCGACCACCUGUUUUUUUAACGCCAGCAGCAAAGAAAUGUAACCGUGUUAGUGUGGAGAACAGGCCCCUUCAGGAAUGGAUCGUUCAUCUCCUAGCCCUGAAGCCUUACAAGAAACAGAAGAUCAUAUCAAGGCUAGAAAAAGCGGGUGAAAACCUUAGGGAGCAAAAGGAUCUUCUGGCUACCCUGGAUCUGGUGGGGAAGGUAAAUCCUAAAGAUGGCAGCUACAGCUUGAAAGAAGAGUUCUACACCCAAGUGAAGACUGACUGGGUGGGAUAUAGCUCGGAGGAGAGGCAGCACAUAGAAAGUACUCUGUCCAGGAAGCAUCUGAACAUUUCCGCAUCACGAAAUAUUCCAACAGCAAUGCCAGCUCCUCCUCAGAGAACACAGCAAGGCCCCCCUUCUUCUUAUUCCAGUGCCAGAGGCCAACAUUCUGAAUCUAAACGUCCACCUGCUGCAGAAAGCACAGAUAAUGGCAGUUGUAAAAAAAUGAAGACAUCACAUUUUGACAGUCGUCAACGAGAUUCAAAUUCCCCCCCAGCUCUGAACUCAAACUCUAGACAUAAGACUAGCCCAGUGCCUGAAAAUCAUAGUGUUUACUCUCUACACACUCACAAAAAUCAGAGUAACCAUCAAUCAGUGCCAAAGAGUCAACACAGGGAACAUCACAAGGAGAAAAUUCCAUGUGAAGCCCAGAACUCUGGAAAAGCCAAGCCUCGGGGGGGCACAUCCCAGUGUUCUCAAGGGCACAAACAAACUGAGUGGAAAAAAGAAGAAAAGAAGCAGCAGGACUCCAGUGAGGGAGAAGAGGAGGACGACGACUGGGAAGAAGGAGCUCUUCAACUGGAACGAUGCCUAUGCUCUCCAGAAGAAAAGCCCCCGCUAGCAGAACCUGCUUCUCCCUCUGACGAGAUUCCGGAUUAUUGCAAGAAGUACAGACCAAUUACAUGUGCAGAUCAGAAGCAAGUGUAUGAGAAGGACUUCACCACAGAUUAUACAGAGUAUCUCGAGCUCCAUGCCAAGAUCGGCAAAGUGCUGGAUCACUUUGUACGGCUCGGAUCCAAAAUGAAGAAGCUUCAGGAAGGCACAGUAGAGCACAAGAUGGCUGGAAAGAAAAUACUUGCAGAAUACAAGAAGUUCAAAUUGACCUACCCUGCAUAUCGAGAAGAAAAAGCCAAAUGUGAAUACUUACAUCACAAGUUAUCACACAUUAAGGAACUGAUCUUGGAAUAUGAAAAAAAUCCCCCAACCUAGCUCACUCGCUGCAUGGAAACGGAAAGGAAUAUCGUACCGCAUAGCAAGGAACUCAACCAAUCCUGAAGUGUCAUGAGAAGCCCAAGGUGAAAACGAGGCUCCACUGACUGGCGACAGCAAUGAAUAAUGUGCCACUAUUCAAACUAAUGUAAAAGUGAAAAAAAAUGUUGCAGCUCUGCCUUAGAACCGACAUAUACUGCCUUAUCUCUGUCUUUUGUACAGCUAUUAAAAAAAUAGAGGAUGGUGGGGGGAGAAUCUUAAGGUCAAUAUUUUGAUUUCAAAUAAGAAUACUGGAAACCCGCACUUCCCAGCAUUUUUCUUCAAAGCAGUGGAAUAUCCAGUCUGGCAGAAUAUUGGGGUUCCUAUUGUAUCAAAAUAACAGCAGGUUCAGGAGCCAGAUUGAUCCCACUGCAUCCCACACACCUAUCCAACAGCUCUGCCAUUCAAUUAGAACUUUCUAAUCCAGAGUAAAUAUGGUUUCAUUGUGCUGGUUACUCUGUGGCUCAUUAGAAUAACGAGGAUCAUAUUAGGUGUGAGAAGGUGCAUGUGAAAUCCAGAAGACCUGGCUGCUCGGUCUCUCAUCAAUAAACUAUUGCACACAAACCACCACUUCCCAAUGUCAUGUGACUAUUCCCCCCUUUCCCAAUUAGAUGAAUCAAAAGCCUGUAUUCCAGGUAUUCUCCAAUGAAAUCGCUGCACUGUAGUAUCUGGAUAAUUAUGUUGUAUAGCUUCUGAAUCAGGAGUCCAUUGAAUGAUUGUAUAACCUUAUAGGAAGAAAAUAAAAUGUUGUACUGUGUAUCUGUAUGCAAACUGUCCUGUAACUAAAUGACUUUACCAACUGGCCUUAUAAUAAUAAUAAUAAUAAUAAUAAUAAUAAUAAUAAUAAUAAUAAUACACACUGCCUACAAUAUCACUAGAAGCAGCAAGACUAAUCCUCCAACUACUGAUUAAGAGAUAAAAAGAAAUUAAAAUAUUCACUUCCAAGCAGAAAUCACUUGGAUUUUACAUUGUGACUGCGUUAAAACAGAAGCAGGAGACAAAUAUUGAACGACCUGUUGCAUGAAGCAGUUUUGUUACCCACCCUGGAUAAACAUGAAACUGUAAAAUAAAGCUGUUGGUUGUACAGAA